CAGUUGGGCCGAGUGUCGGUGGGGUCGGGGUGCCGAGCUGUGAGGGAGGCUAAUGCUAACCGUGCUCGGGCUCUUACUCUCUCGCUCCGGAGGCGAAUUUUCCAGUCCACCUUAAACGGCGCAGCAGAUGUUAUUGUAACGCCUGAGGCGCCAGAGUGCCUGCUGCGCCGUUUAAGGUGGAGCGGAUCGUUCUGAGGAGCUGAGCGCUGUUCCCGUGUCUCAUGACAUUAAAGGUUAAAUGUGUUUUAAACGCUUAUUCGGGACUGAUAUCGUCUCCUCGAGCAUCCGGGCUCGUUUAGGUCAGCUGUCCUGGACCGAGGUCUUAUUUCAGCCCCAGGCUUUCUGUAGUUAGGCUGCGGCUUUAGCUGGUCUUUCCUGCUUAGUCUUCAUGCGCUGAGCCUCCUCUGCUCCUUCACAGUGGAGCUGAGAAGUGUUAGAGAUUUUAUAGGUUCAUAUUCUUACUGACAGGCUGAUACACGACUGUCUUGACUGAUUGGAACUGGAGAAAUAGUGACCAGGCUACUUUUCUGUGGGCUUUUUAAGUUUCUUCAACUCAAUCUGUAAUUAUUAUGGUUUAAGCUCUGACAGUGUGAGUUUUAGGUUUCAUCGUAACUUCAGGAUCUAAACCCCGCCGGCCAUGCGGUGAGAAACGUCCACCCCGAGAGUCCUGCCUCUGUCCAUGGAUGCCGGUGUGGCAUCAUAUAAGUUCACUCAAAGAUGGAGGAUGGAAAAGCAGAAACCAGCGUGGCCCCUCAGCCGGCCCCACCCACUGAAGACCCCGCCCUAAACGCAGUAGGCUCCCACAAACCUGGAGAGCCGGAAAACUCACCCGCCGCUGAGAAAAUUCCCAAUGGUCAUGUCCGAGCAGAGCCGCUGGAGAACGGCGAGGCGUCGGAGCCUCCGGGAGCCGCAGGAGACCCUGCACGGCCCCCCACCAGCGCCCGGCCCGACCCAGGUGUGGCCUCUUUCCCUCACAGCCUAGAGAAGCCAGACGGCUCCGCUCACAAGAGCGACGCAUUGCAGUCACUCAGACUAAGUAUUCCAAUGCAGGAGACCGAAUUGUCAGCGAGCGAACCGUCUCUGGAGAUGGAGAACGAGGAGAAGAUCCGUUUGGAGGCGCGCCGGCGUCUGGAGGAGCAGCUCAAGCAGUACCGCGUCCAGAGACACAAGGAGAGGUCUCAUCGCUCGACUGCGAAGUCCCGUCCCUUCAGCACUCUGGACCCAGAGCUCAUGCUGCACCCCGAGGGUCUUCCGAGGGCCAAUGCCGUCGCCAUGACGACGGAGUACUCCUUCCUGCGCACCAGCGUCCCCCGCGGGCCCAAACUGGGCAGCCUGGGGGGAAUCCCGCCCGCCAAAGACAGGAAGUCCAAAUCGACCAGGUCCAACAAGAUCCACUCUCUGGCGGACUACCGGACACCGGAACCAGACGGCAAAGCCUCGGAGACGGCGAAUACUGGCGUUUCCGUUUCCGCUGAAACCUCGUUUGGCUCGGUCCAGUCCGCCGUCAGCUCCGUCUCCAUGGUUUCGGAAAUCAGCGUGAGCUCCGGACCCGACGCCCCUCUGGAGUCGACCCGGACGAUCCGGGACAACGUGUCAGAGGUGGAUGGAAACGACAGCGACAGCUCCUCCUACAGCAGCGCCUCCGCUCCGUACGGCGCGCUGGCGCUAGCGGCCAGCAGGACGGCGGCGCCGUACACGGUGGAGGGCCGGGAGGUGGCGGCGGAGGCGGUGGGUCAGUUCCCCCCGCUGAGGGACGUCCUGCAGGCGGCCAGCGAGGAGCAGCAGCAGCUGAUGGAGUUGGAGCAGGAGAGGGAGGGAACAGAGCCUCGCAGCCGUAGAGACAGCUUCUCCAGCAGUGUCUCGUAUGGAAGCUCAGUGAUGGGAACCCAUGAUGAGAUGCUGCAGGUGCUGAAGGAGAAAAUGAGACUGGAGGGGCAGCUGGAGUCUCUCUCCUCAGAGGCCAAUCAGGCUCUGAAGGAGAAGACGGAGCUCCAGGCUCAGUUAGCGGCGGUCAACGCUCAGCUGCAGGCUCAGACUGAAGAGGCUCGGGUCAGCGUGGAGCGCCAGAGCGCUCUGGCCUCUGAGGUGUCCACUCUACGGGCCGACUGCUCCACGCUGGAGCGCGCUAUGACCGACCUGCAGACCCAGCUGGAGGACAAGAAUGCCAGCCUCACGUCGCUAGGCAACGACCUGCAGGUCGCUGAGGAGCAGUACCAGAGGCUGAUGGGAAGGGUGGAGGAGAUGCAGCAGAGCAUGACCUCCAAAGACAACACAGUGGGUGAGCUGCGUCAGCAGCUGAGCGGCCUGCAGGCCCAGCUGCAGCAGGUCCAGUCGGAGCGCAGCGCCCUCCACAGCCGUCUGCAGACGUCGCAGGCAGAGGUGCAGUCCCUGCAGCAGCUGCGCAGCUGGUACCAACAGCAGCUGGCCCUCGCCCAGGAGGCGCGCGUCCGUCUGCAGACUCAGAUGGCCAACAUGCAGGCGGGUCAGAUGACUCAGAUCGGCGUGCUGGAGAAUCUGAAGAUGGAGAACGUCACUCUGUCUCAUCAGCUCUCUGAGACUAAACAUCGCUCCAUUAAAGAGAAGGAGCGGAUCGCCGUCCAGCUGCAGAGCAUAGAGGCGGACAUGCUGACGCAGGAAGCGGCGAUCCAGCAGAUACAGGACGCAAAGUCGAUGGUGGAGGAAGAUCUCCAGCACAAACUGGAGGAGUUUGAGGAGGAGCGAGAGCAGCUGCUGAAAAUGGCCAACACGGCUACGGCACUGGAGAGAGAGCUGGACCAGGUUAAGGUGGCUCUCUCUCAGAAGGACGCCCAGCUGGCCUCGUUCCAGCGCGAGCACGUGGAGCUGAUGAAGCAGCUGACGGCCACUCAGGAGAGCCUGCAGGGUAAGGAUCAGGCGCUGCAGCUGCUGGAGGCUCGGUAUGCCGAGCUGGAGGCGCAGCUGCAGGAGCUGCAGGCCGACUCGUCCGCGCGGGACGACGAGCUGCACUUCCUGCGCAAUGAGAAAAUCGUCCUGGAGGUGGCGCUGCAGGCGGCGCGGGCCGAGAAGAGCCAGCUGGACGAGGGUGCGGAGCGGCUCGGGGAGGACGUGCUGGCGGCCGCGGAUACGUUGGACCAGCUCAGGCAGGAAGUGCAGGUGAAGGCCACCCAGAUUGAGUCCUUACAGCAGGAGAACGUCUCCUUGAAGAAACAGGCGCAGAAACUGAAGGAGCAGUUCACACAGCAGAAGGUGAUGGUGGAGGCGUACAGGCGUGACGCCAGCUCCAAAGAGCAGCUGAUCUCGGAGCUGAAGGCGUCUAAGAAGCGUCUGGCUGCAGAGGUGAAGGAGCUGAAGGAGGAGGUGCUGAAGCUGCAGGGAGAGAAGGCCAGCGGAGAGCAGGAGCAGCAGCGCCUCCUGCAGGAGGUGCAGAGAGUACAGCAGCAGAUGAGCAGCCUGGAGCAGCAUCUACAGACCGUACAGACGGAGAGAGAUCAGCUGGACACACAGCUGCAGUCUCUUCAGUUCGAUCACAGUCAGCUGAACGCUGUGACGGAGGAGAACGAGGCGCUGAAGAAGAAGCUGGAGCAGAUGCAGGAGGAGGCCAAGAAGGCGAUCUCAGAGCAGAAGGUGAGGAUGAAGAGGCUGGGGACGGAUCUGACGAGCGCUCAGAAGGAGAUGAAGGCCAAGCACAAGGCGUACGAGAACGCAGUGGGCAUUCUGAGCCGCCGCCUGCAGGAGGCGCUCACCGAAAAAGAAACGGCCGAGGCAGAACUGGUCAAGCUCCGAGCUCAGGUGGACGAGGGGGGAAACAAUCAGGCUCUGCAGGUGAAGCUGGAGUCUCUGCAGGCGGAGCUGAAGGCUGUUCUGCACAGUAAAGCUCUGCUGGAGAAGGAGCUGCAGGAGGUCAUCAGUCUGACCAGUGCUGAGCUGGAGGAGUACCAGGAGAAAGUGCUGGAGCUCGAGGACGAGCUUCAGGAGUCGCGCUGUUUUAAGAAGCGGAUCCGCCGCCUGGAGGAGGCGAAUAAGAAGCUGGCGCUGGAGCUGGAGCACGAGAAAGGGAAGCUGGCUGGACUGGGGCAAUCCCACAAUGCACUGCGGGAGCACGCUAACAUCCUGGAGACGGCUCUGGCCAAGAGGGAGGCGGACCUGGUCCAGCUCAACCUGCAGGUCCAGGCCGUGUUGAAGAGGAAGGAGGAGGAGGACCAGCAGAUGAGGCAGCUGGUUCAGACGCUGCAGACGGCUCUAGAGAAGGAGAGGAUUAAAGUGAAAGAUCUCACAGAGCAGGUUGCGGAGGCGAAGCUGGAGGCGGGUCAUAACCGCAGGCAUUACCGAGCGGCAGUGCUAGAGCUCAGUGAACUGAGGAAGGACCUGCAGGCCAAAGAGGAGCUGCUGAAAAGCCUGCAGGAGCAGGCCAAGACACUGGAAGCUCAGGAUGCUCAGCGCUCUCAGGAAGUGUCCCGGUUCCAGACGGAGCUCACGGAGGCACACGCACAGCUGCAGAUCCUCCAGAAACAGCUGGACGAUGAGCUCAACAAACAGCCGCUCACUAACCAGGAGGUGGAGGAUCUGAAAUGGGAAGUUGAACAGAAGCAGCGUGAAAUCGAGGCACAGCGCCACCAGCUGGAGCUUUCAGAGCAGAGCGGCCAGAGAGAGCUGGACAGCGUGCAGGACACACUGCAGCGGGUGCGCGUGGAGCUGGAGCUGGUCCAGGAGGAGCUGAACAGCACCAGGAAGGACAAGUUUGUCCUGCAGGCUAAAGUGGCUGAGCUGAGGAACAGCAUGAAGACGCUGCUGCAGCAGAACACGCAGCUCAAACAGGACCUCAAACACCCGCGCACCAGGAAGCGGAUGGAUGCGAAAGGUGACUCGACCCCAGUGACCCCUGUGAAAAUUCCGGAUUGUCCUGUACCUGCAUCCUUAUUGGACGAGCUGCUGAAACCCUCGGCCUCCGUCAACAAAGAACCGCUCAAUAACCUGCACAACUGCUUACGGCAGCUAAAGCAGGAAAUGGACAGUCUUCAGAAGCAGAUGGAGGAGCACACCGUUACUGUGGCGUCGUUGGCCAGUGCGGAGGACGAGCUAAACAAACUGGGGAUCCAUGAAAACAGCCCCAGGCAACUGUCCAAAGAGGAGGAGGAAUCAGAGACGCCCCAAGAGAUGCAACAGGCUUCUUAAAAUGAAAAUAACAAAAAACAAACAUACAGCAGCGAAUGAUCCCUCUAAACCUCCAUCUGUCCGUCUGCCUCUGGGAGAAAAUUGCUUUUAUCAUAACGGGCACUUUUAAAAAGCUUUUUUUUUGUUGUUUUUUUUUGUUUUUUUAGGCCAAUAUUUGGUCGGGUCCCGUCUUGAGAAAGAACGUUUGGGUUACCUACGGUGUUUCCUUGUUCCACAGCUUUAUUCCUUUUGCUAUUUUUGUUGUCUCUUCGUUGCUGAUGUCAUCUGUCGUUGUUUAUUUAUUUCCAGUUUAGUCAGAGCUCUGGGAAAAAGGUUUGUUUUUUUUUCUCUGCUGAGGUCAUGAAAGCAGGACCGUUUCUCAAUAGAACUUGCCAAAUUUCUUCACUCGUACCAGAUUUACACUCAGUGUUGUCACUUUCUUCUUGGUCUGGUCAUCAAUUGAAGCAAUACUUGGGCCAAAAAUCAAACUUAAUCAGCCCCUCAAAUCCCAAAUUGUAGGUGGGCAAGACGUGUCUGAAGUUUGCUUCUUUUAGCACUGGAGCUACGAAGCUAAUGUAGCUGAGAAGUAGUGGAGGCUACGCUGAUAAUUAGCUUCAUGCAUGCGUUUGCCUCAAACUGUAUCAAGAUGUUAAGUAAUAUAAAGUACACUUGUUUAUCAUAACUGUCUCCAAACAGGUAACUUAGGAUAGAACCUUCUUAACUUUGAAUGGAAGUCAAUGGAACCGAAAGUUUUCAUGCAAUGUAAAGGCCAGCUGUCGUUUUCUAAUUAUGUAUAAAAGAUGUAUGACGACCAAUGUUGUCCGUAAACAUGGACAGAAGUACAUACGUUACUUUUUACAGCUACAUUAUCCUUGUAGCUCCGUUGCUAAGACUAAAGAAACAAACUUCAGACACCAAACACGUCUUGGCUGAUCAGCUGUAUCUGGGAGAGUUUGAUUUUUGGCCAAGCUAUCGCUUUAAGAUGGUCUUCAGUGUUUGGAAAGUGAGUCUAAGCUACAUAUCAUCUUGAGAAGUGAUCGUUUUUUCCGGUGUAGCGUUUUAGCACCAACACAGUUCUGCUCAGUGAAAAAGCUGUUCCUCAGUGCCUGUUCAGCUACUUGAUCCACUUUGCUGUUUCUAAUCCGCAAUCAGUUUACUCUUCUUUAUUUGGGAGGCUUAGCAUUGAUCUUUCUAGGCUUCACCCACAGGUGUGUUCUUUAUAUCUACUGAUGUGAAGUUGGACAAGAUUCUCAAUGGUAAUAAUCGCCCUCAGCCUAAAGAGAUACAGCAGUGUAGCAACAUUUGUUUAGGGUCGAGUUUCCAGUUUAAAAUGCUGCACUACUGAGCUGGAUUGUUGUAUCUAAUUAAAACUCGGUUGGUUGUGAAGGACAGAGUUAGCCACCAUGCUAACGUUAGCUUAAUAACGAGGCAAAAAAACUACGCCUGAUCUGUCCUGACGAGCUCGUUCAACCCCACAGCAGUAGCUGUGAAAGAGCUUAUCGGUGGACGAAGCCUGGAAUGGUCAGUUCUAUCUAGACCACUGCUCUCCGAUCAGUUUCUCUGCACCCCGAAUAAGGAACUCCAGGCCUGAGCAGUUUUUCUCUAUGAGAAAAAUGAACAGCGUUUUCAAGAAAUCGCUCUAAAGUGUUGUCGUAAACAAAAACGUUCCACACACGAUAUGUUUCUCCAUACAUACGUUUUUCUCCUGAAUAUCACUGGUUUCUCUGAAUUACGAGGUCAUUAAGAAGCCAAAAUAUGAUUAUUCGUACGUACAUGCUAACUACCACCAUGGCUGACCUCACCAAAGUAACCCAAACAAACCAGUAGGCUCUAUCCAGUGUGGUAGUUUGGAGGCUUUGGGAGUAGCUGAUGUUGGUAUAUAACAGAGUUUAAGUUUAGUAGUAGAACGACGCUUAAUGCUGCAUCAUUUCAGUUAGCUUGCUAUUAGCCUGUACGUAGCAUUACUUGCAUUUUGACUGCUAAACAACCUCGUAAGUUCUACACAGGACAGGAUUUACCCACAUUUUAGUUUCCUACAGAGUACGAGUUUUCAAAAACACGUACAUUUUUCCCACAGAGAAAACCUGCUUAGACCCAGAGUUGCUAAUACGGCGCACAACUACAGAAUGAUGAGGUGAAUCAGGCAAGGAGACACUAAACUGCAUUGACUCCAUUUCUGUCAGGAAAUUCAAAUUUCACCAUUGUUUUUGUUCUCAAAACAAAAUUUCAGCCAAAAAA